GAGGAAACUAUGCCUCAACAUAAAUUCACACUGUACACAUUAAUAUUUUCUCUUUUAAUCAUAAAAGAUUUAGUUAGGACAAGUACAGAGGAGACAACAAGAGGAGUUGUAGAGGAAUGCAACAAUGAUUUUUGUGAUGAAUCAGACUGCUCCCGUUCCUUUAAAGAUGAUGAAAUUGCAUGUGAAAAUAAGGUACAACGGUUGAAUCGUGUAGAACGAGCGCCUGUACAGGCUACAGCCACUUCCUCUACUACAACUAUUUCUUCUAAUGAAGUGCAGUUAAUUUUAUCUCGAAAAGAUGCAAAUCCAACGAAAACAAUCUGUCAAGGUCAAGCAUGGUCAAUCUCCGCAGAUAUUACCCUUCCACCAGGUAAACAUGAAUUGACCAUUGAAAUAUUUGCUCCAAGAAAAGAAUUUGAUUAUAUUGGCUAUAUUCAGUAUUUCGGUAUUUCAUCAACUGACAAAACAAUAAUCUCUUACACUACCAAUGAGAAAAAGGAAUAUUUUGUUAAUCAAAAAGUGUUCAGACAGUUAUCUUUAAAAGUGACCAACAUUACAGUAAAAGAUCAACCUGCUUCAGCGACUCCCGCAGGUUUCCACCUCAAAUUUGCUUCUAUACUUUGGACAGGCCAAAUUUUAAUGCAAGAUGAGGAAAUGCACUCUGGAAUAAUAAUACACGCUAAAGGUAUAAUAUGGUGUGGGAUACUGAGAAUGAUUUACUCAACCAAGUGUCCUGAAAUUCCUGUUGAAAUGUCUAUCGCAUCACAUCCACAGGUGAUGUUUCCCGCAGAUAUAUCUCCUGUAACUGCUGAAGUGUUUCUUCCAGUUAUGAAAGAGAAUUAUACAUUUUCGGUCUAUUCAGUUGGGCAAACUGCAACAAUAUCUUCAGUAAAUUUAAUAAAAGGUGGCGGAUUUAUAAAAAAUGAUUCAAUAACUGAAUUGAAAACAACACAAGAUGAAGUUAUAGGCAGGUCAAUUAUUACUAGACGAAUGAACAUCUAUGUGGAGAACUUAGAAAACCCAUCUGGACUGAAUUAUUUUGUCUCAAGAGAGUCUAAAACUGUUAAAAUCGUCGCUUACAUACAAAUAAUUGAUAAACCAACGACAAGAGCAAUAAUUGGUUUUCGACUACAAGUUGGUUUUGAAAAAGUGAUUUUUAAAGAAUGUAGUAUUUCCAUUAUUGCUGACUACAAGGAUAUCAAAGGCUCACCAUUACCCUAUACAAUCCAACUGGUAGAGCCUAAAGCGGAAGUAGAAAAACUAGCCGAGAUUAAAAUGAGAUUAGACAUACCACCUGAUUCCAAACAGAUAUACUCUUUACAAAUGAAAUUUAUCGAAUAUCAACUUGGUGAAAUAUGUUAUACAUCAAUUUCUGAUGUUGGCAGUGGCAUUAAAAACCGAAUAUCCGGUAUGAGACUGUAUACAGUUUACCCAAUUCAAGGAGUGAAACAGCUAAGAUCUAAAGCUAACAUUUAUUUAGGUAUAUUGGAAAAUCCUACUAAUAGCUCACGUGAUCAUUUUAUUGAACUGAUAGUAGGAAUCAAGCCUCGUCAAGAUAACAGUCGUCCUGAAGUAAUGAGUACCACUUUGGAAACUACUCUUUCUCUUUAUCCGAAUCAAACAGAAAAACAGUCAAUACUCUUCCCAGUUUUAAAUUCUUCAACAGCAUUCAUACCAUCGGAUAAAAAUCCACAAGUGUCUAUUGAACUUCAAGAUCCGGUUGUUGAAUCUCCAACAGUCAAUCACUAUGCAACACUUUUAGCCGUUAUCAAAUGGUUUGAUGCGAUUGUCUAUAGGCCAGUAAAGAUACAUUUUCACUUGUCAACUGCCGAUUCAGUAUUAGUAGAACAAAAAUUCUGUUCACUAGGCAGAGCAGUAACAACAGCCGUUCCAGUCAAUGCAGAAAUGUUAAUCACAAAAAAUUUCAGUCAGAUAAAAUUCCCAUCGAUUUAUGUAAAACCAGUGGUCAACAAUUCUGAGGAUAGUUCAAUUACAAUCAAAUAUGUAAUAUACUUCAAUGAGCCUAAAUCUGUCAAAGUGACUUUCAAUGUUUUCUCGGGCAUAGAUUUUGCAACUAAACAGUUGACACUGACGCCUACUGAUUACACUUUUCCAGCUGCAGUGCUCCCAAAUCAGCAACCAUUGGGAAAUCUCGGAAAUAUGUUAAUCAGCCGGAGAGACAGUUAUUUGCAUCCUGAUUCAUUCACUUUUAUCAUGGCGAGUAUAAUCCUCUCACCGAAAUCUCGACAAAGCUAUAAAAUGAGUAUUGAAACGUCUAAAGCACCACAGGAAGUUGAAAUGUUCAUCCCGAAAUUUCUAGAUACCGGUUUGUCGAUUUUUUCUGGAGGAAGUCAAUUAAGUGUGAUAAAUAAUACUGCUAAUGUUAUGCUUGCCAAUCAUCAAUUCGCAGCAAUUCAUAAUAUAGAAGGUGGAAUUAGCAAAUCUGAAGCAACAUCCAUUAACGUUCUGAUCCCUUUAAGUAUUGGACCGAGUAUUUCAAGUCCGAUAAACAUGAAACUUAUGUUAACCGAUGGAAAUCACACAGCUGAAACAGCCUAUAAAUUUCACAUUGGUGCAACACUGCCUUUAGCGUCUGAUAUUGUGUCAUCUGAAACGUAUCAAAUCGAUAUUUUCGAUUUCGACGAUCAACCAGAGUAUCUAAAUUAUAGUCUUACUCCUGGAGAAAUUGGAAGGAUAUACAAUCGAAUUAUAUUUAAUGUAUUCAAAUGUGCCCAAUACAGAAUAACAUUUUCAAUCACAUCAAGAAGUACAUGGCCUGCUGAUAUAUUAGAUAUAAUCAUAUUGGAUAAUAGUACAUUUAUGUGGAUUCCUAAUUUAUCUGACUAUCAAGUUAAUAAAUCCACUGGCGCUGGUUCGCAAACAGUUUAUGAGGCUUCCAUCCAGUUGAAGAUAUGUGCUGCUGAAGGGUUCGGAAAUGAGAUGCGUAUCGAUCUACUUGUUCGUCCCUGGAGCAGAAACUUUAACCAAGUUUCAAAAAUUCAACAAACAGUUGAAAUCACUGGGAAAAUAGAGACUAUGGAUCGAAGUUCAACAAAAAUUUUAACGCCAACUAUACUGACAAUUUCACCUGAAAUCAGUAUGAAAGAAUACAUCCUUAACAACUCGGAUGUAUUUCCCGAUGGAAAUAUUUUCAGUAUAAAAGCUGAAACAAUUGACAAAUUACCUCGUGGACCAGGUGAUACAGUUGAAUUUAUAUUCGAUAUUCGAAUUCCAGAAUAUACUAAACUACCAAACCUCACACUGAUAUUUAAUUCUGGUGAAAUCAAUGGAGAAAAUGAAUCAGUGUUCACAAUUUUAAAUGUGGAUGUAAAUAAUGAUAGUAGUAUAAUGGCUUUACAAACUGAAAAUGCUGAAGUAGCCUACUCAUCUAAAUAUCUGAAUGGUCAACAGGAUAUCGCAACAGUUAAUUUUGGCGAUUUAGUUAAUCCAGGUAAUUUUGCUGGACGCUAUUCAAAUCGUAUAAGAAUCAUUACAAAAGUACGCAUCUCCGAUGGACAAAUGGUAAACAACGGAUCCAAACUUACAUUUGAAUUGACAGCAAAAUAUGGCAACACAACUAAGACUAUUGAAAUUCUUCAGGAAAUCCGAAGACACGGAGAAGAAAAGCCAAUUAUUUUGGUAGAUUUACAGAAAGUUAUUGGAUCUGAUGAAAAUAAAAAAAUUUAUUAUCCCAAUGAUAUACUCGACUUGAAUAUGCAAGUGAAAAUGGAGCCAAAUUCUUCUUCUGAAUGUUUUAAACAAACACUGAAUAUCUAUACUGGAGUCAAUGUGAAGGCAGUAGAUAUCAUUGAUGUAAAGUCAAAUGCACCAGUCAAUUAUUCCCGUGUAAACGACACAAAGGAAUCCGGAUUAUUUCUAUUUAAAGGAGCACCACUUCGAUUCGGAGACGAAGUUUCAUUUAAGCUCCGUGUUCACUUCAAGGAGAACAUGUUUCUUCCACCGAAAAUGACCAUAGCGAAUUAUACUCUAGUUACAGAAGUUGUUUGUGUUACCAUUAAACGAUCAAAUGAAGUUAAUCCACAUAUCAGAAAGUUUUUAAACAAAAUAUCUGUUACCUUAGCUGAUAGGAAUUCUACGAAUAUUACGAAGCCUAGUUGCACUACAAUCGUAGAGCUGAAAGAAAAUCAAGAUUUCUAUCAAUGCAAGAAAAAUCAAUUGUCGUCAUCAUCAUCAUCCGACCCAGAGGACAAAUUAGGUGUGACAAUGUCAGUUGUGAGCGGAACACGUCCUUCUCAAGUGUUUAAAACUAUCUUAUUUACUAAGCUAACCUAUAUUGACCGGAUAUUUUUAGCUUCUUUGAACUUAAGUAAUAAAAUCAAAAAGCUGAAUAUUUGUACAACUGAUGAUGGAAAAUCAUUUCAAAACAUCUUGACGGUGAAUGGUAACAAUACCGAUAUCAGAAUAGAAGACGCCAAGUUUGGACCUCUAAUUAGCACAAGAGGUUUACGUUUCAUUGUAACUGAAUUUGAAGACACAUCAAAAGACUUUGAUUUUACGGCUACAGUUUAUGGUUGCACUGCUCCAUGGGAUCCGUUUAUCUUUGAUGUUUGUACAAAGACAUUUGUGGAGAAAAAGCCUGAAAGGAAUCUAAUGAAAUCUUUUCUAUCAACCAAAGAGUUAUUAAUUCACUGUGGUUUAUCACCAGUUAUUUAUAGAAAAGAAACAUACACGAAACGCUGUUUCUUGACAACCAGUCGAAUGCCAUUUAAAUGGACAGAUUUUGGACCAAGAAUAUCAGAGGUUGCUAUGCUUUUGAAGCCCAGUAAUACUAUUGUCGCUCAAAGUGAUAAUAUUAGUGCAUUCAUAAGUGAUGACAUGGGUUUUACAUGGAAAGUGAUUAAUCAGUUUUUGAUGAAACAAAUGAUGAUUCGAUCAUCAGAAAUAAUUUAUUCUACUAAAAUGACGCAGUAUUAUGCCAGGAAAACAUAUGGUGAAGACUUUAUAAAUACGAUGUGUGAGGGAAAUAAUAAUGAUGAUUGGAAAAUUUGUGCUAAUGGAAUUGCCUAUGGAAGCAAACUUAUCACAGAUUGGAGUAGUCACAAUUUUACCCUUCCAUUACACAUUUAACUAAACAGUGUAUCACUCAGUGAAUACAGAAGCAAAGGUGACGUAUACUCCCUGUCAUUUUUAUCCUGUUAAUGAGAA